AUGGAUACGGACGACGAAAUGGAUACAUUUGAUGAAUCAGAAGAAUUAGAUGAGAAAUCAGAAAUAAGUAAUAAAUUUUGGGAAGCUGAUGAAAUAAUACAACAACUACCAUUAGAAAAACAAAAAAAUUUAGAUAGUGUAUAUACAAGUCUGUUUAUUGAUGUUAAGCAAAUUUCUCAACAAUUCAGUGCAGAAGUUAAAUCGGGCAAUAUAACAG